GCUAUGAUUUGUGUUUUGCCUGGAUAUGACAACCCCAUCUUUCUCCCUACUGACUCUGAGUAUACCUGGCUCCUGGCCAAGAUCUUUGUGAGGAACGCUGCCUUCGCUGAACAUGAGUUGAACUUUCACUUGCUGAGGACUCACCUGCUGGCUGAGAUGUUUGCCGUGUCGACACUGUGCAGCCUACCAAUGGUGCAUCCCCUCAACAAGCUCCUGAUCUCUCACUUCCGCUACACUCUGCAGAUCAACACUCUGGCUAGACAGACCCUCAUAUCAGAGAAUGGGGUGAUCACAGAGAAUGCCAGUGUAGGAGGUUCGGGGAUGAUGGAGUUCCUGAAGAAAGUGGUGGCCUCAUUGACCUACAGCUCCCUCUGUAUGCCGGAGGACAUCACUGCACGCGGGCUGGAGUCAAUCCCCAACUUCCUCUACAGGGAUGACGGACUCAGGUUGCGGGACAUCAUCCACAGGUUUGUUCACAAUGUGAUUGGUCACUACUACACCUGUGACUCAGACGUCCAGAACGACUCCAGACCAGACCUUCCCUGA